AUGACUUGUGAUGCUCAGAGUGAUGAAGCGUACUCUGUGCCAGCAGAGGCCCAAAAGGUUUUUCUGGCUGGAAUCCUUCAAAAUCCACUGAUGAAAGACCUGCCUGUCGAAAUUCACGAUGCCGCAGCUGUCAUCAAAUUUGUUGGGUCAGAUGAACCCAGCAUUGCGAUCAACUGGAGAUUCGCAGAGAGCAUCGCUAGUUUGAAAGCAUUUGAGGGAGCAAUGUUGAGUGUUCUCUUACAACGCAAAUAUGGGAUCAAGGCACCGGAUAUUGUGAUUGAUACUGAUCAUAGUCAGCUUUUUGUCAUGUCCGCCAUGAUCUGGACGCUUGAUCCUGAGGGCGACCCUAUCGAAUCUUCCUUCACGCUAGCUCGGGAUGGUGGACGUUUUCUCAACUAUUUCCCUAACUGGGACACCAGCAAGGCACAGGCCAACCUCUAUCGAUCCCUGUGCACUAAUGUGUAUAAAACGAAGGAUGACCGUUACUUCCAUUUGCACGGAAGCAUGAACCCAGAGCCAACCCUCGCGGGCGUGGGCCUUCCGCCUUGGGUGCCAGAGCUUGACAAUAGUCCCCGUGAGGAUGUUGUUGAGUUUUACCAGGAACAUGUGAAACAAUUCGAUUCCGCCGAGCUUGAGCAUCUCGCAUCAGAAGUUCACCGCCAAGCCGGAACUAUCUGUUGGACCCCCGAGGAGUAUUUGGCCAGCGAACAUGGGCAAGCAAAUGGGAAAGUCGGGUUGUACGAGAUUCAUCACCACACAAGUCUGAAGCAAGAACCUACCUGGUGGCCGUCAUCCCCCGAAACCAGUGCUAGCAGACCUCUAGCGGGACUCAAAGUCGUUGACUUAACUCGAGUCAUUGCCGGCCCCGCCAUCACUCGAGGCCUCGCCGAGAUGGGUGCCAGCGUCAUGAGAGUUGCUGCCCCCCACUUAUGUGACUUUUCCUUUGUGCACUGUGAUCUGAAUUGGGGAAAGUGGAACACUUUACUGGAUCUCCGAUUGGCGCAAGACCAAGACCGUUUGAGAGCUUUGAUCGAGGAUGCCGAUUUUGUUGUAACAGGGUAUCGCCCAGGCGUACUUGAUAAGUAUGGAUUUUCGGAAGCAGAUAUUUUGAAAAUCGGCAGCGACCGUGGCCGUGGCAUCAUCUAUGCUCGCGAGAACUCCUAUGGCUGGUAUGGCCCAUGGGCAAAGCGCAGUGGUUGGCAGCAGAUCAGUGACGCAAACUGUGGCGUCGCUAUAGAAUACGGCCGCGGGAUGGGUCUUGAUGAGCCGGUCAUACCCGUUUUCCCCAACUCGGAUUACUGCACAGGUGUUGCUGGCACCACCGGAAUCCUGGACGCCCUUAUACGACGCGCCACUGACGGUGGAUCGUAUACCGUUGAUAUCGCCCUCAAUUACUACUCUCAAUGGCUAGUUCGUUCUGUCGGAACCUAUUCCGAGAAAGUCUGGGAGAAACUUUGGUCAGACAAUGGCCGCCCUGUUUUCCGUCACUACCACACCAUGUUUGAUACAAUCCCAGCUCACGUGCAAUUGCUGAAGAAAAACAGCGGUGAUCGCGUCUUCCACCCACGGAACUUCCAGGAUCUCCACAGUCCUCAACUGGGCGUUUCGGUCAGGAUUCCCAAGCCCGUUCUCCAGUUCCCUGAGGGCCCAGUGGAACUCAAAUAUAAUGUGGGAACCCGGACCAACGGUGUCGAUCAACCCAAAUGGCCGGAGGAUCUCACCGUGGAGGUCGUGGUCUAA